AUACACUUAGGAUCUCGAAGGUCUUCCGCUCACUUUAACGCCUGCUUUAAUUUCACAAGUUCCCGUAUAUUUUAAUUUGUUGUCUUAGUCAUUCAUCUUAGCUUUUGAAAGAAGAUGCAAAUCCCUGAGCGGUGUUUUUGCCUGAGCCAGUAAAAUGUAGGCCCUCUGGCUCAUUCAGUUAAAGAAGGAAAUGAAGUGGAGAGAAAUAAUGAUAAACGCCACCAGUUGAAUGGGCCUAAUGACCAUCACCGCCGAGCAGCGCGGAGCAAAGUCUCAUCAGCACCAGUCUGACCGACCAAUCAGAGCGCCCCCCCACUGGCGGACCUCCGUGAGGCCAGUCGCAGUUAGUUAGGCGGUGUAGUCAAUCUCGCUUGGAAAUUAUGAAGGUAACCAUCCUCAGUUUGUUGUAGAUGGAGCAAAGUGUCACUGGGCGCUCAUUUUUGCCACGUUUGACAGUGUGAGUAUCUGAAAUACUACCUUUUCUCCGGGAUAGUUUAAGGGACAACUUGUGCUGUGCAACAAAAGGAAUUUUCCGAUGUCGUGUGCAGCUGAACUGCCUUGUCACAUGUAUCAGAAAAUCUCAGUGCGUCUCGUUGUGCACGGACUCUCACAGUCGCGUUUUUUUCCUUUUUGCUUCUAACGUUGGAAUGGAUUAUGAGUAGCCCGAUGGAGACGCACCGAGAGCCACUGGGGUCCUCUGCUGCAAAAAACACGGGCGUUUAAAACAGGUGGCGGAUCCAGCAACAGUUCAAUCUGUCCUGAUCAUCUCCUCAUCUCCUGCUACAAUAACAGGCUGCCAUCUGAGGAACGCGGAGGUACAGUGCGCAGGCUCUCCAGCGCUGUUCUCCAGCAUCAAACCCCAGAGCAACGCGCAGCGGACGCCCGGCCGGCGGGUUCCACGCGCGGUUCUACACGACUAGACCCCGAAGAAAAUUCUGGAAGUUAAGCAGCUCUUUUGGAACAUUAGUCAGCGUGAGAACUGCUGCUUUGUGUCUCUAUUUUUCUGCGCCGAACUCUCCUCAGAAGGUUAGAGGAGCAUGUAACUGAAACAAGUGGAGCCCUCGGUGAUUUCAGCAUUCUGUCUCCCCCAUCUGUGCCUACAUUCUCUGCUACAGAUAGGGACGUUUUGAUAAUUACAUAUAAUUAUAAUUUCAGUGGGAGACAGAUCUGCCUCUGUCUAUUAUUGCCAACACCUCCAACACAAUAACUUCACACAUUUACAUAUUUCUCAACAAAAGUGAUAUUCUUUGAACCUUGAAGACAAAUCAGGAAUAGUUUUACUUGGAGCGACGUGUCACAUGGAGAAGCAACGUGCCAAUCGGUUCACGGCUAAUUAGUAAUGCCAUUGAAUGACACCGACAACUUUUCGGUGCCCGAGAGCUGAGCGCGGAGCGUCUUAAAGUCCACGACAUUUGCCUCGUCGUGAAAUGCGCUUCACGGCCUGCGAGCCGCUUCCUUGGGUUAUGCUUAGUUCUAAUUUUCAGCUGUUACACUCUUCUAGCACUUAAGCCGAGCCUCCCUCAUUAUCACCCACAGCCCCAUCACAGUAACAAUCUGUACCAGGGGACUGCUGAUGCACAUUAAUCCAACUAUUCAAAAGAUUAAGUACACGGUGUAUCGAGUAUUAUGUGUCGCGGUGUGACGGGUGUCUGGGCUCGUUGAGGAGGAGCUCGGUCCCGGCCCUGGAGGAAGCAGGCAUUAUUAAUGGACAGGCUCCACCAGUGUCCUGUCUGUUAUUUCCGUUUUCUUGUUUACAAUGCCAAAAGCACCAAAUGUAUGAAAGCUAUUGUAGACUUCAAGAGAAUAGCUUACAGAAGAGCUAAACAAGUGCCAAUUGUGAAUGUAUGUAGAGCCAGGACCCGAAUAGUCGUCCAGGAAUAACCCUGUUUACAUUUGAGAAACACUGGCCAUAGACUAUUGUUCAAGUGCCGCGAUCAGCACAGGAAUGUACUGACCUGACAGAUGUAAUUGAACUACGUACGACUCAUUUCUUUUUUGCUGGGCCUUGUAAGAUGAUUAAAUCCAGCGGCGCUUCGGAUUUGAGUUCUUUUGUUCGGCGGAGCGUUUAAAAACGAGGCGUUAAGCACUAAAAGCAGGAAGAUUGUUCGUUUUCAGUCUGUCCUGUUUACUAAGCCAGUCUUUUAGGAUGACAUCACACUGAGAGUUCCCCCCUCGCGAUACAGUCAAACCGUUACAGGACCACUCAGUCCGUUCUAAUUGUAUUUUUCCCCACGGUUUCUUGUUUGGCCUCAUUGUAACUAGUCAGGCUCAGAUUCCAUUCCCCAGCGUCGCUGAAUGACACCACUGACACAUCAUCACCAUUCGGCAGGUCGUACAUGUUACUUGAAUGCUUCACAUGCCGUUUUAGUGGGUUAAACUGCAAAAGCGGAUACAGCGUUGUGACUGCACUGACUCAACCACAGAAAAUAGAUCUCUUAGUCAUGUAAAAAUGACGCCCACCACCAAUCUCAGAGUCCUCGCUGUCUCCCUGCUCUCCCUCCUUACUGCCCCACUUACCACUGUGGUGGAGACCUCCCCGCCCCCCCCUCCCCAGCACACCGACCGCUCAGGGAGGCCGUUCACCGAGGAGCCCAUGAACGACCCCAGCCCCUCGUUCCUGCUGCUCGCCAUCCAGGCCAGCAUCAGGCCGGCUGCUCUCCAGGCCCGGACCAAGACCCCAGAGAGGCCUCCAGAGACCUCAGAGGGGGUUCUGGAGGCGCCCCCCAGACCACUUCCCCAAGUCAUGUUCUCCAAGAAUGUGACUUCAGCGGAGGCCCUCGCGCCCCCCCUAAGUGCCGCCCAGGUAGAGCAGAGCCCGCCACGCCUGAUCAACGUGUGGAUGGAUGUAUGUCGGGGCUACUACGACGUCAUGGGACAUUUCGACAGCGCUUUCAACUGCUCCAAGGACAAUUUCGUCUACUGCUGUGGAACCUGCCACUACCGCUUCUGCUGUCCAGACCGGGGCCGGCAACUGGACCAGGACAUCUGUAAAAACUACGACUCCCCCGACUGGGCCAAGCCCCAGACAGACCCCAUGAGCCUACCGGACGAAUUAGGCCCUGACCCAGACUAUGAUCCGCUGAAGCAGCAGAGCCACAACACAGGCUUCGUCAUCGGCGGCGUGGUUGUGUUCAUGGUGGCUGUGGCUGUGGGCAUCAAGGUGGUCUUCAACAAGGUGCAGCGGGAAGCACACCAGAGGGACCUGAAUAUGCCCAGAGCUCUGGUGGACAUGCUGCGGCACCAGUCGAGCCCAGUCCAGCAGGACGAGAGGAACAACAGCGUGGCUCUGGCUGUAGGGGACGGACAGGGAACACUGGGGAGAGCUCCUAAGAAUCUGUAUGCCCCGGGGCUGCCCAGCAAGGACAACAGAUUGGGCAAUUUGCAGCAUAAUUUCAUCCACUCUUCAGGCUCCAGCCCCAAACACACUGCAACUAUCGAACGCACCCCUCGGAUGAACAACGCUCAGCUGGCGGCCGGGGGCACCCUGCUUUCCAGCAAGCACAACAACACCAAGUCCCAGCCGUCCUUCCACCACUCCCUGCACAACCUGGCUCAGCUGCCCCCCUCCUACGAGAGCGCCACCAAGCCGGAGCUCAACCGGUACUCCUCGCUCAAACGCCUCGAGAAAGGUCUUGAUGAGUACUCGUCCGGUUACUGCACCACCAAGCGGCGGCCUCACACGGCCCAGCCGGCGCUGCAGUCCUCCCAGCACCACCUCCACUGGGGGGGGGACUACACCCUCAGCGGGAGAGGAACCCUGCCCAGGCACGCCGCUCGCCCCUGGAUCCCACCGCCGCCCUCUGGCAUGCCGGCCUCCCCCACUCCCAAUCCUUACCCCCUGGAUCCCCCCGAGCCCCAGUACAACGCCAACUAUGACACUCUGUCCAAGCCUCCCAGGAAAGUAAAGUCCACCGAUCAACUGCUCAACAUGGGCGACGUCCCAGGCAACACCGGCACUCUGUCCAGGCUCUCUAAGAAUCAGCAGCACCAGUACUACAAAGCCAUGGCGGCCUCCAAUAAGAACUCUAACACGCAGACCCUGACCCGCAAGACCCAGGACAGGCAGGACAGGCAGGACCGACAGGACCGACAGGACCGACAGGACCGACAGGAACGGUUGCUCAUGUCACCAGACCACUUGGAGGAGCGGAUGGGGGUCGGUGGGAUGGGGGUGGUGGAUCCCUACGCCCACACAGGGGGCAUCGUCCCCACGCUGCCGCGCCAGCAGAAGGCCCAGUCCCAGCAGAACGUCUGCGCCACGCCCUCCCUCGACCGGCACCACAUGAUCAAGAUGAACUCGCACCCCACGUCCGGACGGGAGCAGGAGCGGAGCACCCCCAUGACCGGCGGCGGGCACAUGAGCGGGGGCAUGGGCUGGGCGGGCGAGAUGCCCGGGGUGGGGCCGGGGGCGGGGCCGGGGGCGGGGGUGGUCAUGGGAACGGGAACGCUGGGGGGCCACAGCGCGAGGAGGAUGGCGUUCGCGGAAAGGCAGAACACCAUUGAGCAGCUGCACUUCAUACCAGGGGGGGGCGGUGGCGGUGGGGGCUCGGCGGGAAGCGGAUCAGGCAGUCAGGGGAUCAGGACGGGGAGUAAAAAUGAGGUGACAGUGUGAGGUCUGUGCCUCAGCUCACCCUCAAGCGAGACAUGGGAUAGAUCACCUAUCUGCAUUUACCUAGUAGAUAUACAACAUAAGAAAUAAAACUAUACGUAUAAAUUAUAGUAACAGUGUAACGUGUUUAGGCUAUUCAAAUUAGUGUUAUCUUGUAAUUAAAUAUGAUAAUUAAAACUCUAGCGGGGGAAUAUCUGUUCCAAUUAUGUGAUAGCCUACAUCAGCCAUAUUUUCUAACAGAAUUUGCCAUAAUGCCAUAUACAGCAGUGCCAUUACUUGUAUAAAGACUGACCGAGACGGAGGAACAAAAGCAACAGAAGUGUCGUUCAUAUUUUGUUUUUAUAUAUGUUUUACAAAAAGUACUCAGGAGCCAUAUUAGAUAGGAAACGACGAAGCCGGCGAAGCGAGGGACCGUGUGGAAUAUCGCCUCACUGAGUCGACUGGACCGUCCACCUGCUCAGUUUGUGCCGACAACCAUUUACUAAACUGAAUCUCUUGGGUGAGGAGCCCACUGGACCAGACAGGUCAGACUGAACCAUGUGCCUGAUGAGGGGUUCUGGAGACGAGACACUGCUAAAGGAACCUCAUCCUGCCACAGGGAGACAGAACAGCUUUGUGUUGUAUGUGGGGGCUGCUUCUGACUGCGACGCGGCAUGCCGACGCCGCUGGAGCGACUCUGCACCUGAUUCAGACUGCAGACACUCACACACUACUGAUCUGUUGCCUAGUUUUCCAUGUGACCUUAGAUCGAAUCCCCAGAGGAACUCACACUGAUCACUGUUACACUGCGGGAGUGGAGGCUGAUCCUAGUUCGCAUUAUGGGUAAGUUGGUCCAUAAUGUUCCCAUUUAUAGAGCAGAAUCCAAACGGGCUACCAAAUAAUACAGAGCCAUCGGUGAUGAUAACACGAGAACACGCACAUCAAGAGAAAACACAACACGACUGUGGUCGUUGUACCAAGAAAGCAUCUUGCUUUAAUGUGGGUUGUGUAUGAGAAGCAAAGGUUUUCCUACCGAGCAUAAAUGGACAGACCACGGCGCAGAGGUUGCACUUACACACACUGUCCUUCAAAGCCAUUUAUGGAGAUACAAAGAAAAAACCCAGAGGAAGCUGGUCUGACAAUCACCGUUUUAUUAUUCUCACCAGGUGACAAAUUCUAGAAGUCAGUAGUAUUUUGUACAGUCACGGGAUCGGCUCAAGAGCAAGCCACAAACCUCUGCGUCUAGAGCGAGGGCGACCCGAGGCCUUCUCCUGCGAGGCUCCAUGUGCCAUAAUAGACUGGGAUGGUCAGGAAGCCCUUCCCAUCCUCAAGACCAAGACCUUGCUGUAUCAUAACGCACUCCAGCCAGUAUGAGUAGAAAAAAAUCCGAAAAGAGAAAAAAAACCUUCAUCAAUAACAACGCUUAACAAUACUAAGGGCUAUCCUAUCCUAUAUACUGUAGUAUGUGAUAUCUGUGGUCCAUAUAAAAUGCUAUCUCUUUCUCUUGAUUUUGUGUUGAUAUUGUCAUGAUGUAUUAAGUAUUACUGUGUACAAAACACAAGAGCAAUUUAAGCACAGUUCAAAGAGAAACACAGUGACAAACUUUGCACAAAAAAUCGAUCCCGUGUUAUUUGCACCAGAUACGAACGCGCCUCGUAUCGUGUCCUCGAGGUUUACAUUCUGAACAAGCGCGGCUGAUCCGCGGAAGGCGCUGAGGCGGCGGUGUGUGCGUUGAACCAACAGAAAUCGGAGGCGGCGACCGCUCAGCUCUUGUUCAGUCUCGUGAAAGGAGACAGAGAUGAAACGCAGAUAACUAGAAACACAGAUUUCAUUUGGACAAUCUUCCUAUACACAGUGCUAAAUGUAGUUGUUAUGAAUAUGAUGGAGUGUUAUUAUUAAUAAUUAUUAUAACUGUUAUGGUUAUUAUUAACAAUUAUCUUAUGGUGUGAUGUUCUUUUACUCGGUGGGAUUUAAGUGUUUAUUGUUUUUAGAUAACUAGCAUUCUCAUGACUAGUUUAUUUUUCAUACAUCUGGUCAUAAAUUCAAGUUUUUAAAACCAUUCCAAAUCUUGAUGCAUGCUGGCUCCAUCACAUUGAGAGGCAUCUGCAGGAUGCCUGGAUUUUAGGGUCAUUGACGCUCACAUGGCCGAUUUUCCAGCUGUAUGUAUUGUGCCUAGACAUCGGCCUUAUGACUUCUUGAUCUCAAGUGAUUACUUAGGUUUCCACUCUGGUAGAAAAACAUCUAUUGAAAAAAUCUACAGCCUUCUGAACGUAUGUGUAGACGGUGGUGUUUUAUCAGCCGGUGAGCGAUAGAUGAGUCUGGGAACAAAGUUGUUAACGCCACCAGGCUGUAGAGACUGAGUCUGUUGUCUCCGUUGAUGCAGCCUGACCCAAUAACCUAUUAUGGGUUCUCUACACACAAAACCCAUGAUGCCAUAAUGUAUGUGUGUUCGGAUGAAUGUUUAUUACACAGGUUGGACGGAAAUAGAGGUCUAAUGGAACUGGAGUGCAGUGUUUUUUUCAGGGAAAUAGGAGAGAUGACAUACAGUAGUUUUAGAUUUUUUUAAUAGAGCCACAAAAGGUCUGUAGCAAAGUCUGUAAUAUCUCACAAGCCAUAUCCAUGGAAAGUCAUUAUCACAAUUUUAUAAAUGGUUAAUCUAAUUUGUGCAAGUAUUGUAUUUUGUAUAGCUAGUACAAUCAGAAUAUUUUGAGUGAUCUCUUCGGCAUUAAUUUGAGGAUUCAACAAAUUCUGUGUUAGUAUUAAAUGACUUGUACAGUGCCAAACUCAUUACAUUUUGUUGUCCUUUUAUUGUCACUUACAUGACAAACGGGGGUCAUUUCUUUUUCACAACCAAGAACUAAUGCACAGGCAGGUGAGCUAAAGCGAGGUUCCAGGAGGAAAUGAAUGAAUAUGGUGUGUGUUCCAGCCAUUAUGAAUUCAUUUAAAGCCAGUUUGUGAGCGGCCAACUGAAAUCUAAAGCAUUAACAGCAGUAAAUUGUCAGGACAGGGGGAGCGACUAGUGAUGAGGUUCAUCUGAUUUAUUUUCAAAGCAACCCUUUUGUUAUUGUUCAAUUAUUUGAUUCCCUUGGAUACGACAGUGACUUACAAGGAAUUUGUAUAAUAAAGUUGGUGGGAAAAAUGUUUGUUGUUUAUUAUAGAGCAUGAAGAGUAAAAUUAAGACUUAUUCACUCA